AUACUACAAUGUUUACUUUGAUGCGAGGAUAGUCCAAAUAAGUAUGAUCUGAAUCAACACAAUUACAAACAUAAUAUUCCCCAAUAAUAACAAUAUGUUCCACGUUCGUUUGUUGUACCGCAAAUGAAAAAGGCGUACAGCGAAGCAUGUAACGUUAAAAUGCUUAUAAUUCCACUAUGGUGAAGUGAAGAUCAAUACUGUUAAAAGUUGAAGAACGAUCGUCUUGGUUUUCCUGUACAUCGCACUUCUUGCCAUGCAACUCGAGUUCCAAUGAACUAAUUUGGGGCAUGAUCAGUGAAGGGAAGUCUAAUGAAAGUGACGAAAUUCCACUUAUUCUUGACUGGCUGAUCAUAAUCAUGAUUUGGGCCCUAUAAUAAUUACUCAAAACUGCUUCUAGCAAACGGAUGCGCGAGGAAACUCUUGAUACGAACAAGCUUGUUACAGCAAAAUAGCUUCCUGUUUUUAACAAAAGGUUUUAUCAAAACCAACGCUCACGUUAAUGGAUACAUUAACGAUAUCGCCUAAUCGUGGUGUUCGCAUCCACUGAGAUAGAAAAGCAUUACUUCUUGCAAUGCUGAGACAAUUUAAGCUUUUAUCGAUUGUUUUAUCAUUUCUCACUUUGUCUAGCUUUUUUUGGUCACUAUUAUAUGAAUACUACCCAAAUUCUUGGUUGCUGUUAUUUAUUUCAAGUGCAUGUUUAUUGGGUUGCUGGUCUAUUCAAAUUCAUUUCAUGACAUAUAUAAAUAUUCAUACUGAGAAGAAGAAGAACUUGAACAACCACCACCUUAUGAGUGUACAUCUACUAUGAUCAAUCAGAUGAGUACUUAUUGAUGGGAUUUCGUUACAACUUAUCGUGACAUUUUGAAAGAGCUUCAUUUAACGGAAUGUGUGGUAACUUUCUUUUUGCAUACAACAUGUUCUAGAGGUCUAGCUGCUAUACGGUAAUCAUCGAGCCAUGGCUGUACAGCUUGUGGGAACCAGUGUUUUGUAAUUGAAUUAUUACAGGUUCUAUGAAAUUACGGGGCGUCCAUAAAACGAGAUCCUUUAACGCACACCACGUUUAUAAAUGAAACUUCAUUGUGAACAUUGUAGAAAUACUAUUAGUUUCACUAAUUGACUGGUAUUUAUGAACCUGCUGCUUCGUAAACGAUUGAGUGAUCAACACGACUGAAUAAGUUUCUCUAUUUUUUACAUAUUUUGAAGUCUCCCUUUCGUUAUGAAAUUUGAUUCGGAAUAAGAGCACGUUGAAACAGCUGUAUUAUUCCAGGCAAUAUACAUUCGUCGCUCCUUAUAAUCAAUUUUUGCCUGCUGGUUCAAGGGUAUUAGAAUUUCUCGUUAAGAAUUAAAUGAUGACUAUUGAAAAAUAAUUUUGCAUUAGAGAAGAAUUCAAAAAUAUUCAUGAAUUCAAUGGUAAAAGCCGUUGACCACUCCAGGCUCAACCAACACAUGAAUUCGUAAUUUAUUUAUUUUUACACUGUAAAGUACGCGGUCUAUGUCGAAUAAGACCUUAAGCUAAGAAUAAAAUGCGCCAACAAAACAAAUAGUUUAACAAAAUUUGUUAAUCCUUAAACUGUAACAAAUCCCUAAAUAACAGUUCAAUAUUUAAAGCGGCUACUUCUUCAAA